CGGGUGGGGCUCUCGAUGCCACGUAAUAUGGGUCCCACAUAUAGAUAAAAAAGAAGACAUUCAACAGACUGAAACACCCCUAAAACAUGCUUAUAUUCACGAAAAGCCCCUCUCUAUGAAAAAGAAAAGUGAGAGAUAUGGAUAUCUCUUCAGGGCAAACAUGAGAUUUCACGCUUCCACAAAAAAGAAAAAAGGAUUAGUAUUCCACGCCACUAUUGACUCAGUCAUAUCCCGACCAUAUCGGUUUUAUUUGGUUUAGCUAUUUAUAGCUAUUUCUGUUUAGGCGAUAUGUAACGUUUUCUUCUCCUCUUUUGACCCAAAAGAUAAAAUUGACUAUUAACAAAUCCUUGUAAUCUUCACCCAAAAAUUUAGAAAGAUCCUUCCUGCCUGUAAUGAAAUGGAUAUGGAUAUCAGAUUCUUCAGGGGAGGGCUCAAAGCCCUUCCAAAUUCCAAGGAAGGACACUACUAAUCCACCUAUAAAUACCCUCUAUUUUUCAUUCCUUUCACUUCAACUUUCCUCAACCUUUUCCCUAUCUUAAACCUUCUUUUCUUUUUUCUUUGUUUUUGGUAUUCUCUCUUCUAUUCUGUUCUUAUCAAUUUUCCCUGAGAAAAUGACAGUCAUUGUGGAACAGCCAGAAGUUGGAAACCAAGAACAGGAAAAGAAGAUCCAUGAAGAGACCAAAGAGUUGGUGCUUGAUGGUGGAUUUGUGGUGCCCGGAUCCAACACAUUUGGUCAAACCUUUAGGGAUUAUGAUGCUGAUAGUGAAAGGAAAAAAGGGGUCGAGGAGUUUUACAGGCAGAAUCACAUCCACCAAACAAUGGACUUUGUGAAGAAGAUGAGGGAAGAGUAUGGUAAGCUGAACAGGGUGGAGAUGAGCAUAUGGGAAUCCUGUGAACUUCUCAAUGAGUUUGUGGAUGAAAGUGACCCAGACUUGGAUGAACCUCAAAUUGAGCACUUGCUGCAGACAGCUGAAGCAAUCAGGAAAGACUAUCCUAAUGAAGAUUGGUUGCACUUGACAGGCCUUAUCCAUGAUCUUGGGAAGGUCCUUCUUCACCGCAGUUUUGGAGAACUUCCUCAAUGGGCUGUUGUGGGUGACACAUUCCCUGUUGGAUGUGCUUUCGAUGAAUCAAUUGUUCAUCACAAGUAUUUCAAGGAUAACCCUGAUCACCACAAUCCUGCAUACAAUACCAAGAAUGGAAUUUACUCUGAGGGAUGUGGCCUUAACAAUGUCCUGAUGUCAUGGGGACAUGAUGAUUAUAUGUACUUGGUGGCAAAGGAGAAUAAGACAACUCUACCUUCAGCAGCACUUUUCAUCAUCCGAUACCAUUCCUUCUAUCCUUUACAUAAAGCUGGAGCAUAUAAACACUUGAUGAAUGAAGAGGAUGUUGAGAAUCUGAAGUGGCUUCAUAUCUUCAACAAGUAUGACCUUUACAGCAAAAGUAAAGUGCGGGUUGAUAUUGAGAAAGUCAAACCUUACUAUCUAUCCCUCAUCGAAAAGUACUUUCCCGCAAAGCUAAGAUGGUGAGAUGUGAUGGUUCAGCUAUGCAAAGUUGAUUAUGUCCAUAAUGCAGAGCUGUAGAUGCAUCAUCGUUUUCUUCUUCUUUUUUUCCUUCCCCACCCCCCACCCCCCACCCCCCACCCCUUUUGUUAGUAGAAUGUCA